UUUAUUUUUAUUUUUCAUUCUAUUUUAUUACUUUUCUAUACUUUUAAACGCCAAAACGCUGUAUUAUUAACUAAUUUUAGAAAAUGUCAAUCUCACCUUCUAAACAGGCUGCUAUUGCUGCUUAUCGUCGCCUUUUAAAAACACAAAGAGAAGUAUUUACAGGCGAUGUAAAAGCUAUUCAAGCUGCUAGAAAGGAAACUUAUUCAAGAUUUAUGCAAUAUAAAAAUGAAGCAAAUGUUGAUGUUUUAGAUGAAAAACUUAAACUAGCUGAUCAAGUAUGCUCUUUAUUAAAACAAAAUGGCGUCAAGGCAGUAAGGGAAGAAGGAGCUAGUACACCAAAAUUACAUAUAAACGAUGAAGAAGGCAAUAUUAAGUUUGGUGAUGUUGCAGGACAUGCAAAGAAAUAAACAACUACAUUUAACAGAUCUUAUAAUAUGUAAUGAUAAUAAAAAGUAAUUCAAUGUUCCUCUUAUAUAUACAAUGUAAACUUCUUUGGUUAAG